CAUUUAUUACGGUUCACCAACACCCAAAGCGGUAGAGCAGGGCGACCGGACAUCUUGCUAACCCUCCCCCAUGGCCCACAGAGUUCACCCGCCCUGUCGCCAGUAUUGGCGGUGGAGUUGAAGACAAACAAGGCAUGCAAAUCGUUUCAGGGAAGUACUCUUGGGAGACUCUGCCAAGGGGUGGCAGACCGUACUUACACGCCCAAUCGGUCAGCUGAGAACAGUGGUGAGCGUGACUGGAAGGUGAAGGCUCAAGCCCUAAUUGCCCAGGUGUGGAACCAAUCAAAUACCAGGCGGUUGCAACAUCAAAUAAUCUCAACCUCCACCGAAUAUCUUUUUGCCUAUAGAGAGGGCAAUACUUACUUCAUAUCUGCCAUAUAUGAUUGGAACCCACCUGACUUGGAAACAAGGCGGACGAACUGGGUUCGUCUCGUUGUGUACGUAACCCACGCCAUGCUCAGUCGGUAUCCCACUGGGUACGCAGGGCCCCAUUAUCCCCUUGUUUUGCCGUAUCUGGCUUCGCCAUUGUUGGACCAAUAUGUAGCUGAGCUACCACCACCACCGACAAGCAAGCAAGAUGGUGAACAAUCAGGAGAACAGUCGCAUGACCAACAGGGAGGCAUGCAAUAUGCGUUCAAGUGGUUCUACCAAAUGGUUAUCCCGCGCGUGAAACCUUCGUCUGUGGUGAUGUACACUGGCCAGCGUGCAGGCCGCUCUUUCGCUCUUAAGGAACUGACCAACAUGGAGACGAAGAAGAUCACCUAUCGUGAUGCUCUCCUCUGUCUCAUGGAGCUCAUCAGUGACAGUAAUGGCUGCAAGGUGUACCGAGGAAAGAUGGACAACAAGGACGUCGUGGCCAAGGUGAUGAGCGGUGGGGAGGCCAAAGAGCGGAUGAAGGUGGAGAAGGACAUAUACGACAGAUUGCUCGACAUGCAGGGAAGUAGUAUCCCUCAAUGCUAUGGUCUGUUCGAAUGUUUGGGAUCCAGCUACAUCCUCGUGCUGUCCCACUGUGGCGAUCCGCUGGAGGCAUUUUCGACUCUCCACAAAGCAGACAAACUACAGCUGAUGAACAUAUUGAUCAAUAUCCACAAGCGUGGUGUGAUCCACAAUGACGUCGAGCCCCGAAAUGUGGUGCGCGGGCGUCAACGGAAUCAACUCAGCCUCAUAGACUUUGGCUUGUCAGAGGUGCACAAGUGUGGCAGGUUUUGUGAUGAGAUUGAUAAUGCCACAAUGGAGUUGGAAAUCUGAGCUUCCAACACAACUACUGUAAGCAAAUCAUUGUUGGACUUAUUUGUUGGACUUGUAUCUAUUUGUUGGACUUGCAUGUAUGUAGAUGUGUGUUCAAAAUUGUGUCAUUGAUUGAACGAAAGUUAAGUGG